AUAGUCGCACGGUCACACUCUUUGAAAGUGAAUAGAAUAAACGUGAAUAAAGCGAGAAAAGCAAGCGCAAAACGUGAGACUGUGUGCGUUCGCCGUCUCUUCGCACCGAAGUGGAUUAAUUCCGUGGAUGGAGUGGCACAAUAAACACAACAACUGGAACGCGUUUUGUCGUUUUGUUUUCCGCUUUUCCAGCAGCCGUGUGCCAAUUCACUUCGCACAUUCUUCGCAGCCGGAUAUUGUGGAGGCAAUGGAAAGCGCAAGCAUGUGUGCAUGUGUGUCGCUGGGAUAACGGCGAAAAAGGAGAAAGAGGAGCUGUUAAACGGCAACAAAAGCAAAUAACUUGAGCUGGGAUCUAAAAUCGGAUCUCAAGUUUGAGGACAAAGAACGAUUCUUUUUUCGUUACUACUUCCGAACAACAACACACGGCACACGAACGCCAACCACCAAUACAAAUACGAAAACAACGUCUCGUGUGACGUGCGAGCGCAGAAAGUGUCGUCUUUAGAUUUUGUUUGUGCACUUUUCGCCAUUUCCCUUUGUAUUCCGUCGAGUGAGGAACAGCGGAAGCCAGGGAGCGCAAGAGUUGCCGAGAAGCACCUGCAAAAUAGCGGCACGAGAUCGCCAGAAAAGCAGAAAAUCGCAAGAAGCAAAAGCGACCGGCUCAACACUUCCACACGCAAAUACCCAGAGCCCCCCACACACACACACACACACACACACAUCCAACACUUGUUGCAGUGGUCGAGGAGAAGGGGCACCACAGCGAUAAGAGGAGAAGGGACGAGGAGCAGGAGGAGAACAAGUGCCUAAGAAGACAACAACGCGCAUCUGCUAUCAGCGAAUACCACUGCAAACAUGGUCAAGGAGAAGCCCAACUCGACUCGCAUCUACGACAAGGAUGGAUUUAGGCGCCGGGCUGCUUGUAUUUGCGUGAAAUCGGAGAAUGAGGCGGAGGUACUCUUGGUAACCUCAUCUCGUCGCCCGGAGUUGUGGAUCGUUCCAGGAGGCGGCGUUGAACCAGAAGAGGAGUCAUCGGUGACAGCCGUGCGCGAAGUGCUCGAAGAAGCCGGCGUGGUUGGCGAUCUGGGUCGUUGUCUCGGUGUAUUCGAGAACAAUGACCACAUGCAUCGCACCGAGGUGUUCGUGAUGAACGUGACUCAGGAACUGGACGAGUGGGAGGAUUCGCGGAGCAUCGGUCGCAAGCGCCAGUGGUUCACCAUCGAUGAUGCACUCUCGCAGCUGGCGCUGCAUAAGCCGACGCAGCAACACUAUCUGAUGCAGCUGCAGCACUCGAAGACGCUGGACAACACGAAUCGCGUGGUGAACGCCACGCAUCCGCCCAAGUUGACCAAUGCCGCCACCCCAGCCGCAUCUCCCACUACGGCAUAAAGACAUCGGGAUGCAGGAUCCGGAUGGCAGGCAGCAGUAACCACACAUGCACACCACACUUAACUGCGAGACUAACACUAACCCCAAAACUAAACCCAUACCGAGAACCAACCAUACACAUUUUGACAUUUUGGAAAUUAACAAAUAGACAGGCAGUCUUCUAGAUUAUGUUGGUUAAGCGAUACUUAUGUUACCCCGCAUCCCCCACAUAGCCCCAUUUUCGUUUAAGUUUAAGUCAAGGCGUUCAUUUAUGUCUUUAGUAAGUGUAUCGGAACUAAAUUUAUAUGUUUACUCCAGAGCGAGUGGAGAGGAGGUGAAGAAAACAAAAACGCUACUCGAUCAAUGCUAAGCGAUAACUUAUUAUUAUUCGAGAUCUAUAACACGACGCAAAAGUAGGCGGAAACAACAUGUAAUAAUUUUUGAGCGAAUAGCACUUUUUGCAAACACGAAAUGGAACUAAACAAACAAAAUCUAAAACUAGAUGAACUAAACAACAAAAUCCAGAAUAGCGAUAUCUAUUAGAUUUUUCUACUCUUUUUUAUAAUUUACUCAAAAGGCGUCUUAAUUGAUUAAUGUAACAAGCAAACCAAUUGGAAUCGGCUUUAGCAAGCGCAAAAGGAGAUCUUAAUUAACUAUGCUAAGCUGCCUAAAUAAAAACAAAAACUAUUUAAGCGAUGACUAACGAAUCAAUUUCGUUUCAAAUCACCUACAGUCAAGGACAUUUUUAAAAAAAAAAAAUAAAUAAAUCAGAAAGAAAUGAAACCUAAGACUCGACUGGCGACGAACUAGACAAAUGACGGAAACUAAAUCAUUAGAAAACCUAAUUAUAUUAAACAACAGUUGCCUAUGGAAGAAUAUAAAACCCACUGCAGGGGAAAUAUAAGGAUAAACGUUAACUUAUUGUAAAAACAAAAUGCAAGAAAAUUAGAGGAGCCAGCAAACAACAUAUUAUGAACUAAUUCAACUACUAAGAUACGUGCACGUUGUACUUUUCAGAUGCAAAAAUAAAUAAAAGAACAAUUGCGAUUAUAAUAUUAACACAGCUAGGAACGAAGAAGAGGAGCAUGUUAUCAAUGUGAUUUAAGAGAUACAAGAUACAUACGAGUUAAACAAUUUGAUGUGACAUUUUUUCGAUGAUUUUUUGGCACUUCAAAAGCGCGCAACAAAACGAAAUUUUAAUUCAAGCUCAAUGGAAGCAAAGUCUGGCAGUUGAAUCUAUGAUUUGAUCGAUCUAUCAAUUGUACUUUAGUUGCAAACUAAAGCCAGCCGACAAACGAACUUUUAUCGGAACGCUAAAUUAUAUCACAAAUUGUUGCAAUUAAACGAUGAUUUACAACCAAUAAAAAAGAAAACAG